AUGCCCAUAUUCAACCCCCUGGAGUGGCUGAGACAGAGCCGGGGCUCCCGGCGGCUGGUGCUGGUGGUGGUGUGUGUGGCGCUGCUGCUGGACAACAUGCUGCUCACCGUCGUGGUGCCCAUCAUCCCCACGUUCCUGUAUGCCACGGAAUACAAGAGGCCGGACCCCUCGCCGACCCCCAUCCCGAGCCGGCUGGUCUCUCCGAGGCCUCCCCAGGAAGAGGCCGCCUUCUCCGCCAUCGUCUCCCGCUACGACAACGCCACCUACGUCCUCCGGGUCGCUGCCACCGCCGCCAGCGCCGCCGUCGCCAAUGGCAACCUCUCGGAGCCGGCCUCCGCCUCCACCGCCGCGCCCAACGGCUCCUCCCCAGAGGCGCCCGGCGGCUGUUCGGUGAACGGCGACUUCCUGGAGCAGGAGAACGUGCGGGUGGGCCUCAUGUUCGCCUCCAAGGCCAUGGUGCAGCUGCUGGUCAACCCCUUCGUGGGUCCCCUCACCAACAGGAUUGGAUACCACAUACCAAUGUUUGCCGGGUUUGUCAUCAUGUUCGCAUCAACGAUAAUGUUCGCCUUCUCGGGGACCUACACGCUGCUGUUUGUGGCCCGAUCCCUGCAAGGAAUCGGAUCCUCUUUCUCGUCAGUGGCAGGGCUGGGGAUGCUGGCCAGCGUGUACUCCGAUGACAACGAGAGAGGCGUUGCCAUGGGGAUCGCUCUGGGCGGGCUGGCCAUGGGGCUUCUGAUCGGUGCCCCCUUUGGAAGCGUGAUGUAUGAGUUCGUGGGGAAAAGUUCCCCCUUCCUCAUCCUGGCCUUUCUGGCCAUAUUUGACGGAGCGUUGCAGCUCUGCAUACUUCAGCCGUCAAAGAUAUCUCCGGGGAGUGUGGAGGGGACUCCUUUACUGACCCUACUGAGGGACCCCUACAUCCUCAUCACUGCAGGUUCUCUGUGCUUCGCUAACAUGGGGGUGGCCAUGUUGGAACCAACCCUGCCCAUAUGGAUGAUGCAGACCAUGUGCUCUCCAAAAUGGCAGCUCGGCAUGGCCUUCCUACCAGCCAGCAUGUCCUACCUAAUUGGAACUAAUUUAUUUGGGAUCCUAGCAAAUAAGAUGGGAAGAUGGCUGUGCUCCAUGAUUGGAAUGGUAAUCGUUGGAAUCAGCCUCCUCUGCGUCCCUUUCGCGAAAAGCAUUUACGGUCUCAUCGGCCCGAACGGCGGCCUCGGAUUCGCCAUCGGUAUGGUGGACUCGUCCAUGAUGCCGAUAAUGGCGUACCUGGUGGACAUUCGCCACGCCUCUGUGUACGGCAGCGUGUACGCCAUCGCUGACGUGGCCUUCUGCAUGGGCUUUGCCAUCGGUCCAUCAACAGGGGGCGCCAUCGUGAGAUCCAUCGGGUUCCCCUCCCUCAUGGUCAUCAUCGGCAUCAUCAACAUCCUGUACGCGCCCCUCUGCUGGUUCCUGAGGAACCCUGCGGCCCGAGAGGAAAAGAUGGCCAUAAUUAACCAGGAGUGCCCCAUGGCCGUGAAGAGUUACAACACCCAGCGGGAUUCCCGCGAGUUUCCGCUGAGCGACGACAGCGGGGAGGAGCCUGAGGACUGACGCAAUUGCUACGCACGCCGACAUGCUAACGUGCUAACGUGCUAACACGGACACGUUACGUCACGUUGCUUCACACCGACCGCGUACGCUCUUGCCCAGAGUGACCUGCGUUUUAGUGUAACAAACAGUGCAGCCCGUGAGUAUUUAGACAGUGACGCGUUUUGUUUUUAUUUGUUGUUGUUGUUGUUGUUGUUGUUUUUUUUGGCUCUGUACUCCAGCACAUAGGAUCUGAAAUUAAACAGCAAAAAUUGCAUCGCUGUCCAAAUGCUUAUAGACUGCACUGUAAACACAUCCACCUGAGUGAUAUAAGCAACGUGCACAAAUUCACACACACACACACACACACGCACACACACACACACUCCAGUAGAACUUGAGGAAGAGACCAUUGAAUAAGGGCGGUGGAAUUUGAAUCUCAUGUUCGCCCCUGAUAUUGUGCCCCGCUGCAGUCCUGCAGUCAGUUUGGCCUGUUGUCUUUUAGUGUCACCUGUCACCUUGAAUGUCCUGGUGUCACCCUCCUGGUCGCCUGUGCCAGACUGUAACAUGCCAUCCUGCUACCUAUCACGUUAGCCUAAACGCAUAUUCUAAAUCAACAGGAAGUGACAUGGAAAUGAUCCAACUGCAACCAAAGAGCUGUGCCACAAGGGUUGAAACAUAGCAUUACAUCACAGGCAUUUAGCAGACGCUCUUAUCCAGAGCAGCGUACACACAACUUUUUACACAGUAUCCAUUUAUACAGCUAGAUAUAUAUAUUGAAGCAAUGCUCAAGGCACUUGGGCAUGGUACUUAACUUGCAAUUGAACCUGCGGCCUUUUGGUUACAAGACCAUUUACCUGGGAAUCAAACCGGCGACCUUCAGGUUACAAGACCACUUCCUUACCCGUCAUACUACACUGCCGACAAAGUAGACAUCAAAACCAUAAUACAGAAUAUAAUUAAGAUUUCAUCGAUAUUUUCGGUUAAUGUUAAUAAGCUCCCUGUUUGAAUGUAUUUCUCGUAUUUGAAUCUGUGACAGAUUUUACUGUGAAGCUGAAGUCCGCCUGUAUUAAGCUCUCGACUAAAUGCCCCCCACCAAUGGAUAAAAUUUGUUGUGGUGAGUUGGAGGAACAGGUGAAUAUCCUGUUGCCAUUGACGCUCGCUGACUUGAAAUGACAUAUUUUGUGAAUGGGCAGAUUGAUUUCCACCGGUGGUGAUAUUUAUAUUUUAGUUUGGUAGAUCAAUUUUUAAAUUCUCUUUAAUUUGUGAUAAAUUGCACGUGGCUUUAUUUGCGUAUGGAAGUAUUAUACAUCAGACUGCACAGUAUCUCAAGAGAUAAACAAUUGAAGAAUGACAUUUUCUUCAGAACUGUUGAAUUGUUGCUAUUAUUUUGUAAUUCCUGGAGAAACAUGAUAGUUGGUUUCAUCUGAAUGUUUACCUGUAACACUAACAAGGUUAUAUUACACUUACACAUGUUCCCUGUAAAAUACAAACAGAAAUCCCAUUGACUUAAAUAUAGGUGCAAAACGUUUCACGACUUCAGGACAUCAUUCUGCUGGAAAGUCCCAAAUUGUUUAUACUAUUACUAUUAUUUAUGGUAUUAUGCUACCGCUGUUUUUACUGUGUUUACUGUGUGUGUUUAGAUUAUCAAAGUCUGAAUUAAACCAGUGCUAGUUUCCUCA